AUGUAUUACCGUGGUUGUUUUAAGCCACGAAAAAGAUACGAACCUGAAUCAGAUUCUGAAGAUCCCACAGAAGAGUCGAAUCAGCCAAACUCUUCUAAAGAACUUGUGAUUGUUUCCAAUGUUGUACUCGUGCCAAGUCGUGAAGAAAGAUCUUGCAAUAAUUUCCAAAACCAGUUUGAAGAGCAUUUGCUUCAAAAUCAAAAAAGUGAUGAGGAAGAUGAAGGAGAACGGGCGUUGUGCUCGUCACUUGAAGUUGCUAAAAUUCAAAGAUCGGAAGCAUUUUUAGUUCGUACGAACGCAGAGUUACCAAGAGAGUUACAAGACAUCAAAACUGCGAAAUUUGAAGAACAAACGUUCUGUUCGUCUCAAGAUGUUAGCAUGAUUAUAGAAACGUCGGCAGUUAAUGAUAUUAAGAUUUAG